AUGCAGGCGCUCCAGGACGCGCAGCAGCGCUUUAACGACCUCGUCAACAAUGACUGGCCCGAGCGGGUGCCCGUGGAGUCGAUGGCGGACUACGACCCGACGUACAUGAAGGAGGGCUUCUUGCAGAAGAAGGGCCAGCGCCUCAAGGGCUGGAAGCGCCGCUGGUUCGUGUGCGACGGCCGCACGCUGUCCUACUACAUCUCGAGGAAGGACCGCAAGCCCAACGCCGUGAUCCCGCUCGAGGGCUGCACGGUGCAGGACGGCGGGCUGAGCGAGACGUGGAACUCGCCGCGCAUCUACCUGACGGACCCGGCCACGGGCAUCAUGUACUGCCUGAGCGCCGAGGAGGGGAUCGUGGUCACGCAGUGGCUCGACGUGCUGCGCGUGGCCGUGGCGCGCGUCAACAACGGCGGCGGCAGCAGCAGCUCCAACUCUGCUGCGGCUUCGUCAUCGUCGUCGCAGGGGGCGUCUUCGAACAGCAACAGCAGGGGACGACAGCAGGCCAGGACUCAGACCCAGCGACUCCCGUCCUCCUCGGACGACGAGGACAGCCGCGUGCACCUCAAGCGCGCCACGUCCAUGGGACCGGCUCAGGCGCGGACAGUCACGCUCAAGUCGGCGUCGUCCGUGGUGGGGGGAUCCAGCGCGGCGUUGACGGCGAGUUCCAAUGGCGACGGCAAGCGCGCGACAAGGAUGACGUCCGCACCGUCAGCGGUGAACAGCUCCAAUAGCAGUGCAGCUCAGCCGACGCAGCAGCAGCACCGCUCGCACCGUACCAAGACGCAGCGCCUGCCCACGACGAUCUCGCUGGAGAACGAACUCUCGCAUGGUCUGGACGUUCUGGAGGCGCUGCUGUGCGGCCACAGCGCGACGGGUUCGUCGUCUUUGAUCCGGAACCAUGUCGUGUUCCGCCCCAUUGGCGCGUUGAACGGCGUGCUGCGCAGUAUUGGAACAGACUCGGGAUCCGGCAAGCAGUACGCGCGCGCCAGUGUGGUGCUGCCCGUGUCUUCAGAGGUGGCGGCGAUUCUGCUGGCGGACCAUGGGCGCCGCGCUGAAUGGGACCUGCAAUUCCCGCAGUCGUCGCAUGUUGCAACUUUUGACGAUGCAACGGACCUGGUGCACUUAUCGAGUGGCAGCUUUGCCCAGAUCCAGCGGACGAAGCCGUUUGUGGCGCCUCACAUGGCUGCGGCGGCGUGCGCACUAUGCGCGGCUCUUUUCUCGGGCGCUUCGUCGUGGGAGGCCUUACUGACUGCGAUGGUGUACGCUGCAGCUAUUGGCGGUAUUGUGAACAGCAUCGAUUACAGCGCGUUGACGAAGCCCCGAGACCUGGUGCUGCUGCGUCACGUGCGAGAAUCUGCUGCGCCGGAUUCGCAGGACUCUGGUGACGACAAGUCCGUGGACGAGAUGGGCCAGUCCGUCGUGCUGAUCCUCGAGAAGUCGGUGGUGAACGAGCUCAAGCCGGUUGCCACGGGCGCUGUGCGCGCGCACGUGGGAUUGAGCGGCUGGCUGCUGGAGCCGGUGGAUUCGGGCCACGCUACGUUGGCAACUUACAUUACCGACCUGGACAUGAAAGGGUGGCUGUCGCCCACCACGCGCCAGAGCUUCUUGCUCUCAAGGCUCGACUGUGUGUCCGUGCUGAGCGAAUACGUGAACCAGGCCCAGCUUUGUGGAUCUGAGCUUGGAUUCGGUGGUGGUCUGGACGAGGAUGGUGAGGGUGAGUAUGAGACUCGCAGCAUCGGAUACGAAGACACCAGCGAAGGAAGCGGUCUCGGCGAAGUUGUAGAUGGAGAGUCGCCUGCGAUCUUCCACCCGAAGACGUACAUGCGCGGCAUGAUGCCGCUGCCGAGCGGUGGCUUGAAGCUGAUUGACAAGGAGGUUGCCAAGAAGCAGAGUGGCGUGGUGAAGGACGUGAUUAAGUCUGCAGGAGCCAAGAUCCUAGAGGGCAAGUCAGCUGUGAGUCUGUCGCUGCCCGUGCGUAUUUUUGAGCCUCGUACGAACUUGGAGCGUGUGUGCGACUUGAUGCUGUACGCGCCGACGUUCCUGAACGUCGCCUAUGCUCAGAACGACGCGCUGGAACGCUUCAAGUACGUGAUGGCGUUCGCAGUGGCUGGUCUGCACCACAGUAUCGGACAGCUGAAGCCGUUUAACCCGAUUCUGGGCGAGACUUUCCAGUCGACGCUGAACGACGGCACCGACGUGAGCUGCGAACAUACGAGCCACCACCCGCCUAUCAGUAACUUCCAGUUUACGGGCGACAAGUACUCGAUCGCGGGCUUCGUGCUGUGGCACGCCAGCAUGAGCGUCAAGUCCAACGCCAUGCUCAACACAAACAAGGGUCCUGUGCGCGUGACGUUCCCCGACACUGAAGGUCUCGCUGGGACGACGAUCGAGUACAACUUGCCGUACCUGCAGAUCGGCGGGCUCUUGUGGGGAGACCGUACGGUGGACAUCAUGGGCAACAUGAUGUUCGACGACAAGAAGAACCACCUGCAGUGUGAGCUGCGCCUGAACCCGGACGCCAAGUCGGGCAUGGGUGGCAUGUUCUCGAGCUCCAAGACCCCGACCGACUCUCUCCGUGGCGUGAUCUUGGACACGUCGGUGUCGCCCCCGCGCGAGAUCUGCGACGUCUCCGGCUCUUGGCUGCACGACCUCGUCUUCGGCAGCAAGACGUACUGGAGCAUCAACAAGCAUCAGAGUGGCUACAUGGUGCCGUACCCGGAGGACAAGAUCCUAGCGUCCGACUCGCGGUUCCGCGAGGACCUGCACUACCUGGCGGCGGGCGACCUGGACGAGUCGCAGGAGUGGAAGGUCAAGCUGGAGGUGCUGCAGCGCGCCGACCGUAAGGCUCGUCUGGAAGGCCGACGCCCCAACCACUGGUCCUUCCGCGCAGCUGCCGGCCACUAA